AUGUUUGUCGGGGCACUGUACCGGUUCCUUCUCCGCGCGAACUACAUUGGCUAUUUUCGCAUCAGCGAAAUCCUAAACCUGAUGUGGGACGACGUCGCCCUCCAACACGAUGGCGACAGCCAGUAUGUAUCGCUCCGACUUCGUUGGCACAAAAAGGCCAGUGUGCAAAGAGACUGCCAAAUCUACCAUCUCGUUGACAAGAAGUCGUUUACGUGCUUGCGUGUGUGUGGGUUGUUUUCAGAUUACGUGGGCCUCGUCAAUCGGGCCAGUCCGAAUUUAGCCUCCUUGUUCGUUUGUUUUUCCUGCCUACACACUCAAAUCGUCUGGGACCCCAAGACUCAACUGGUACAAACGUAUUGA